CGGAAUAUUCAACUGCCGCAGCGCAACGAUCAGUCGAGUUUGAACUUCAACAGGUGUUAAAACGCAUUCGUUACGAGAGAAACGGUACUUCUACCGCACACGAGAUAUCGGUAACAUAAGGAGCAACUGCUUCACUUAACUAACAAAAAGCCAAAAGAUCAUUAUCAAAGUUUGGAUUACUUCGCUUCAUUCGAGAGCAACGUAUUUUACGCAGCCCACAAACGCACGUUAACGAUCUAUAAAAAUGGGUCGCCAGUCGAGACUGGUGUUGCUGCUGGUCAUCUCCCUGGGUGUACUGCAUGUCAGUUACUCGAGCGAGUCGAUUACGCCAGCUAAAGCAGCCAAGGUGCUGUCCGAUGACCAGCUAAGCAAUGAGCUGUUCUCCGAGGAGGAGUUGGACUCCAAAAAGGCUGCCAUCAAAAUAUCCACGCCCAAGGUGAAGGAGGCGCCGCUGGAUACGACCACAGCGAAGACACAGAAAUCGGAGGUCAGCGAGGAGACUCUGAAAGACCUGAUGGAGGCAGCCAAGCACAGUGUGGCCCUAGCUGAGGAUCCGCGCUUCAACAAAAUGCUGCCGGAUCGCCUCAAGCCAGAAAAUACCACAGUCAGCAAGAACAGCACCGAGGAGAGCUACGAGUAUGAUGACAACUAUGAGUACGAUGCGUAUAGCUACGACAGCUCUGAGAACGAGCAGGACGAUGAGGAUGUCAAGGACACGACUAGCGCGCGGCCCAAAAAGCUCAAGCCGACCAAGACGACCACACCCAAGCUGCGUCCCAUUGAAGAAAGCACCUCCAGCAAGCCCAAGGCCAAGAGCAGCAAGGACCUUAAGGAAAAUGCAAAUGAGAACGCCAUUGACAGCGAAUAUGAUUAUGAUGAAGACGAUGAUGAUGACGACGACGGCGACGACGAUGAUUCCGACGAUGACGACGAGGUGGACAAGCUGACGGAUGAGGAACAGGUCGUCUUCAGUGAGAACGUGCCCUGCCCCAGAUAUUGCGCCUGCUCGCGUAACAUCAACAGCUACCUGGUGGCCACCUGCAGCAGACUGGACUUGGGUACACAAAAGUUCGGCUCGGACAUCACCGAUUUGGUGGUUACCAAUGUGGGUCCGAAGUAUCCAAUCCUGCUGGGUCCCAAGUUCUUCCAGCAGCUGGGUCUGAAGUUCGUGGCCUCAAUCAAGAUCGCCAACUGCACCAUUGAGUAUGUGGACGCAGAGGCCUUCCAUGGCUUGGACGAUCUCUAUGCCGUCAAUAUGACUGACGUUGGCCUCGGCAUUAUUAGCCCUGAUACCUUCGCUCAGAAUAAGAAGCUGCGCAUGGUGACCAUUUCUGGCAAUGAUCUGAGCCUCAUGUCCACGUUCCAUUACUUGCUGAAGUCCUCCAGCAUUGAGGAGCUGGACUUUUCGCGCAAUAACCUAAUGGAAUUGAACCCGAGCGCCUUUUCGAUGCUCUCCAACAUUGUCUACAUUAAUCUGUCGCAGAACAAUUUGCAGAAGAUACCCGAGAAGGUGUUCGCCUCGGUUGAAACCAUCGAGGAACUUGAUCUGUCCUAUAACUCGCUCAAGGAGCUCCCAGCCACCGUCUUUAACGGCACAUCGCUAUCGAUUCUGCAUCUGAAAUACAACACAUUCGCGGGCGAUCUGCACUUCGGAGUGCCCGAGCUGCAGCAAUUGGACCUGAGCUUCAAUUCCAUUGUCCAUGUGCAUCACAGCAUGUUCGAAAAAAUGCCUGGCCUGACGAACCUGAACCUUAAGGGCAAUGGCAUUACCAAGAUCCAGCCAGAUUCUUUCCUUACGCUGAGGAGUCUGCGCCACAUUGAUUUGUCCAUGAACGAACUAGACCAGGUCUCCAGUAUGCUGUUCUUUAAGAACUCCGAGCUGGAUGUCAUCCGCCUGAACGAUAAUCCCCAGCUGAGCCAAUUGCCCACUGAUGGCUUCAUCAGCUCCAAUGGCUACUUCACAGUCUACUAUUUGGACCUUUCAAACUGCGCCAUUGGUGCCAUGGGCCACAAGACCUUCUCGACCAUGCCGCAUCUGACGACACUGAAGAUGGCGUGGAACAAUAUCAACAACUUGCCCCGUGACACGUUCGCCAGCCUCACGAAGCUCAUCGACUUGGACUUGAGCAACAAUCUGAUUUCGCACUUGGACGAGCUGGUCUUUAUGGAAAACAAUGAGCUAACGAAGCUGAACCUGGCCGGAAACCCUAUUACCAAGCUGUCCGUGCGCCUCUUCCUGCCACUCCGCCAGCUGCGAUCCUUGGACGUGAAUGACUGUGAGCUGACAUCGUUGCUCACAGACAAGGAGUUCGGCGUCGGCUAUAAGUUCUUUGAGACGCUGCGUACCUUCAAUGCAUCUGGCAAUUUGAUUAAGCGCAUUGCCACCUCCGACAUCAAGAGCUUCAAGGAUCUCCGCUCAUUGGACAUCACCCACAACCCACUGAAGUGCGAUGGGGACUUCCAGGACUUCAUCAGCUAUGUUUCACUGCAUACAGAGACGAUGCCCAAGAAAAUGCCCGUGCUGGCCAAUCUGGAGGACAUCGCCUCACUCAUUGAAAUCGAGACUCAAGUUGGCUGGGCGCAGCUGGCGCAGGAGGUGUGCAAGCAUAGUAACAGCUCAUCGAGCGAUGGCGAAGAAGAUCUUGAGAAGCGCAUAGAGGAGAGCGAAAAGAGAUUGGAUGAUGAUGAAAAGAAACUGCUCAGUGUUUUGGACAAGAGUGUUCUGGAUAAGACCAAGCUAAGUAACAUGCAGAAAAUCAUGAAGGGCUCGGCCAACGCUGAAGAUGACAAGGACAAGGACAAGGACUCGGACAGUGACGAGGAGGAAGACUUGAACAAUGGCGGCGAGGAGAAGGAAGAUGUAGACAAGGAAUACGACGACGACAAUGAAAGCGAAUAUGACGAUGACAGCGACAGCGACGACGAUGACGAGCCCAUUGUCAAGAAGAGCGAUAAGAAAAAGGCCGAGAAUGCUGUCAAGAAAUAUAUCGAAACCGAACUGAAGCCCAAGGUCAAGGAUCAUGGUCUGAAGGUCGAGGAAGUGGACAUGUCCAAGGAAACCAAGGAUAAAUUCUUGAUUGGUAAAUUCGGCCUUGACAGCGAUGAGCUCAACAGCGACGAGGAGGAGAUCAUUAUUGAGCGCGGUCGCAUCUACUACAACAGCUCCAACUUCCUAAUACCAACCAUAUUGACGGUCACCUGCCUGUUGGUCAUCGUGAUGGGCCUGGUCAAGCUGGUCAGCUUGGUGCUGCGCAAGCGCGGCGAGCGCUAUCGCAUGGCAAUAAUGGCAUCGAAGAACUCCUUCGUGUAUCAGAAGCUCAGCGAGGAUAUUGUGAAGCCGACUACCAGCAAGGAGCCAAAGCAACCAAAGGUGCACCGAUACGCGCCAAUCAAUCAGGUCUAAGUCCGUAUCGCACAGCAAGCAGCUCCCAAGGCUUCGCUUCGAUGGGCGGAGUAGAGUGGAGUGCGGUAGUCGAGUGUGUUGCGCUGUUUUUUUAAUUUAUAAGUUAAUUCAUAGUUGAACACGUGGAAAAUUGCAAAAACAAAACAGAAGAAAAAAAAACAAAAACAAAAAGAAAACAACAACAGGACUUCAAAUACAAAUAACCAAAACCCAUUUCAACUGCAGCUCAAAUACCAACUCGAGUCAGGUUGAAACGUUUCGUCCAGGCAGCAGGCGAAACGCGUGAAAAGUAUUAGCUAAAACGAAACAAACAAAACAAAACAAAGUUAAGAAAACUGAAUGAAAUACUGAGAAAUUCCCCACUAUAAUAUCUAACUAUCUAUUCGAUAUAGCAAAUAGUUGUUGUUGCACUGCAGCCACCGAUGGCAAAGGGCAAAGAUCGAAAGGGGCGUUACCGAGAACCGUU